UACUUUCGCUUAGCUUGUUGACAGCAGCGAUCAAUUAUUUUCUGACCAUAAAGCUUUUGUUUGAGCAUUAUAUGACUUAUAUGACUAUCGAAACAUUUAAUCGAAUAAUCCCCCCCCCCCCCCCAAUUAGCUAGCUAUCAAGGUUGGUUCUAGCUGCUUUUGUUUUCAUCUUUACAAACAGCUCUGCACAGUUUGAUUUUUGGACAUAUUAUUGUUCAUCAUGACGAACUGUUUGCUGAUGAAAGAGAGCCCUAUGAUAAUUGCGCUUAAUAAGGAGAAGACAGUCUACGACGGGUUCGUCACAGUGUUGGAAAAAGACUUAAGGAUAAGAAUAGCUUUACCCCCUGAUUAUCAGAUGAAACAGGCAAAAUUGCACUGUUGUUGGCAAAUGAAACGGUUACUUCAUGGUUAUCAACAUAUUGUGAAACAGAGAUUACAGCAUUCAACUAAUUUGAUGUGUUUUAUCUUGGAACUCAGGACUGUAUUGGAAAUGGCGAUGAAGAACCGACCAGGAUGUCAGUCCUUUUCACCACCUCACUAUUACUCCCAGCUGAUAACAGAGAUGGAAAUCUUAGGAUGGGAUAAGCUGCUCUUCGUUGAUGCUGAGUUCAGCACACUGAAGCUGAAAGCAGAGGACUCUGCUGGUCGUCAACACGCAAUUAAAAUCAAGCUCAAGUCCAAGUAUCCCUCUGAGGCCCCAGACUUUUCUGCAGAUCUUCCUGUUCCAUUGGUCAUUACAUGGACCUCACAGAGCACCUUGGCUCAUGUCCACAGUCAGUUCCUGUUAAAUGUGGAGGCUUUGUCCGAGUUCUGGAUGGUUUUGGAUGAGAUAGAUGAGCAGACGUGGGUGUUGGAACCAGAAAAAGCCACUAAAGCAGACUCCAUGAGGAGGAUAGCUAUCGGAAACAAUGUCUCAAUAAAGGUACAAAUUGAUCCCAGACACCCGAAAAUGCUGCCGGAGUGUUGCUUGCUUGGGGCUGAACAUGUGGUCACUCCCCUAAGGAACAAGUUGAAUGGCAAUAUGCACUUAUGGAACCCUGACUGCAGUGUCCUACAGAAUUUGAAGGAUGUGUUGGAGAUAGAAUUUCCAUCGCCUACCACCCACGAAAAAUCUAAUUUCAGUGUUGAGUGUGGCAUCUGCUACUCUUAUCGGCUUGAGUCAGCCAUUCCAGAUCAGGUCUGCAAUGACCCACGCUGUGGCCAGCCUUUUCAUCAGGUCUGCCUUUAUGAGUGGCUGAGAGGUCUGCCCACCAGUCGACAAAGCUUCAGUAUUGUAUUUGGAGAAUGUCCUUAUUGCAGCAAGCCCAUCACUGUGAAAGUGAUCACACGAAACCCAUAACUACUAUUUUUUCAUUCAGAGCAAUGCUCAUGUGGCAUUACAGCUCCAGUGUCAUGAUUAUUAAACUUGGUUCUUUUGCAUCUGCAAAUACUGAAUACACUUUUGAGUUAUCGGGACAGUCCAAGUCGAAGGACAGUACCAACGACAAUCAAUAUAAUGAUAACGAUGAGGAUUAAGAUUAGUUUGUCUUUGCUUGUCCUGAUAUUCCAUUUUGACUGAUUGUGGAUUUCUAAUUCCCUGAAGUCACCCCCCUCUCUGUGAUUGUACUUAGUCGAUUCAUCUUCCCAUCCACCAACAGCACUUCCCCAGCAUUCUUCACCAUAGUUAGAUUCCUCCCAACGGUUUUGAUUCCAACUGUGUUUUGUACUGUAGUUCCUCCAGUAGUCGUCUUCACUGCUAGGUACUGCAUGGUUGUCAUUAAGUGUUGUGGUAUAUGUUUGCCGAUGCUCACAGUGAUGGUUAUCCUGUCCUCCCCUCAUGGUCAUACAGGCCUCACCCUCAUGAAAGUCCACAUUCCUCCUUUCCUAUUUAGUUGUAGCAAUUUUUAUGUUUUCACAAUAUUACAAAUGUAAAUGAGAAGGCGUUAUUAUUAAUAGAGCACUUAAGAAAUAAACAUUGCAAACCAU